CUGCCUGCACCUAAGUGGUAGAGGCCAUUAGCAAACCCCAGUCUGUAAGGGGGUGGGCUCUGCUUUAGCUAAGAGGGUACUUUAUUCACAUCCAAACACAUUCACAGAUGUGACUCCACGCUUGGUGUCAUUCUCCCCCUCCCUCCCUCCCUUUCCUGAAAACCAAUGCCGGCUAAGAAAUAAAACCGCGACUGGAGUAUUUGCAAAAGAAGCUGCAGGACACAUCUCUUGCCUAUGUGCGUUUAUGUGCCAUCGGGCGGGUGCAUGUGUGGAGUACCAGGUACGAGCAGAAGAAAAACAGAACAAGAAGAAGAAGGAGAAAAAGAAGAAGAAGAAGAAAAAGAAGAAGAGCUUGGCCCCUGCUGCCACUUCAGCUCAAGCUGCCGGCAGUCUUCUAUUACCAGGAUAAAAUAAAAAGGGGGAGAUGCUUUGAAUGCUACCCGUGUUGCUUGGAGGAGGGAUACGAAGAAAAGAGAAGGAAGAGGGAGGGGGAAAAGGAUUUACGAAUGAAUGGGAGACCUUGCUUGACAUGUGGUGGGAAUAGCGGACUACAGAAAACCUCCAACUAAGGGAUUCUUCACUGCAGACGGGCACAAGCAGAGGAGUUAAUGCCAGUGGCAGAGUUUCUGCAACAUCUGAAGUGGAGCCAGUUUUGAAUCUGUCUGCUUCAUCUUGAAGGUGGGACUGAGAGGAAAAAAAAGGGAAUCACAGCUUUGCAUCAUUUGAACUGAAAGGUUAACGGCAGAAGACAAGACAGCAAACAGCAGGGAGAUCACAGCAACUGAGCCUCUACAGUAGGCAUAUUCACAUACUUAUUACAUACAUGUUUGUCUCAUCACCUUCUGGUAAAAAACAAACAAAACAUCAUGAAGUAGCCGAGUGGCCGCUAGUCCGUUGUGUCCACCAGCAGGCCGCAUCGUUUGGUGAAGUCCAGCCGGCAGCUUGUCUCCCACAGAUCGAAGUCCUCCCAGGGCAAACGUUUUUGUAGGCAUGUCAGCCUGUCCAGCACUAUGAUCAGACGGGGACCAGUCAGCUGAUGCAGACACCUGACUUUUGAUUUCAAUCUCCAGACCACUUGCAUCAAAAUCGGAGUUCGGAAUUUUUUUGACUGUGGGCAGUCUGACGACCCUCUGCAAAAGUCCGUGCAGCCGACAACCCAGACAUACUGUAAUAGCAACCUGCUUAAGGCUGAGAGCUUACAUGUGUAUCCAGGGGGGUGAUAACUUUCCCAAUUUAAUGGAUGAUGGCAUGUGGACUUCCCUAGCGAUAACUACUCACAUCCUUCAUAUCCCCUCUGUCACUCGCUCCAGGAGUUGCCAUGAAGGAUUUCUAACCAUAGGUAAUGAAGAGGUAUAGGACCAAUCCUGGAGAUGCCGAAGAGACGAGACAUUCUUGCCAUUGUGUUAAUUGUGUUACCUUGGACUUUACUGAUCACCGUGUGGCACCAAAGCGCCAUGGCGCCUCUGUUGGCUGUUCGAAAGGCAUGUCAGCACCUAGUAAAAGAGUUGUUUAUCAUACCAGAGAAGCUUGCAGUACGACGGCACCAUAUUGCAGAUGAUGGAAGUGAUGGCCGCCGUGAUCUAAGUCAAGGUUCUGACUCAAAGGAAUAUUGCCCCUUGGAUAGGGACAUAGUGGAAGUGGUCCGGACGGAAUAUGUUUAUACCCGUCCUCCUCCAUGGUCAGAUGUACUGCCCACCAUUCAUGUCAUCACACCCACGUACAGCCGGCCGGUGCAAAAGGCUGAACUGACAAGGCUUUCUAACACUCUACUUCAUGUGCCCAAUUUGCACUGGAUUCUGGUAGAGGACUCCCAAAGGAGAACGCCUCUGGUAACUCGAUUACUCCAUGAAACUGGACUGAACUACACCCACCUGAAUGUGGAGACACCCAGGAAUUACAAGUUAAGGGGUGACAUGAGAGAUCCGAGGAUCCCGCGGGGCACCAUGCAGAGAAACUUAGCCUUGCGUUGGCUUCGAGAGACAUUCCACAUCAACCACACACAGCCAGGCAUUGUCUACUUUGCGGAUGAUGACAACACAUACAGCCUGGAACUGUUUGAGGAGAUGAGGUCAACCAGGAAAGUUUCUGUGUGGCCAGUAGCAUUUGUAGGUGGCCUUCGGUACGAGUCACCCAAAGUCAAUGCAGCAGGCAAAGUGUAUGGCUGGAAGACAGUAUUUGACCCACAUCGGCCAUUUGCCAUCGACAUGGCAGGUUUCGCUGUCAACCUCCGACUAAUCCUUCUGAAACCCCAGGCCUACUUCAAGUUGCGUGGUGUUAAAGGUGGCUACCAGGAAAGCAGCCUGUUGCGGGAGCUGGUGACACUGAAUGAUCUUGAACCCAAAGCUGCCAAUUGCACUAAGAUUCUAGUCUGGCACACCAGAACGGAAAAGCCUGUCCUAGUUAAUGAGGGUAAGAAAGGAUUCACAGACCCCAACAUUGAAAUCUGAAGCUGAUAAUGAAAUAGGGACACUUUUCUAUGUGGACUGACAAGAAUUAAGUUGGAGCUGCUGUGCAGUUAUGUCACUGAGUCAGCUGAAAAUAGCAGGCACAUCAAUGGAGAUCCCACGUCCGAAACCAUGCUAAUGAAACUCUCAACAAAAGACAAUAUACAUAAAUAAAGUUAUGUAAAAAGAAAAAAGCACAGAAAAUAUGGGAUGGCAAUAUUUAUUAUUCCAAGUGUGAAACCAAGAUAUUGACCAAAAGGAGAGAAAGAAAAAGAGGGGAACGGGACUUUUCUUUUGUUUUUGUUUUUUAUUCUUUCUUUCUUUCUUUUUUUUUCUUUUGCAUCUGCAUGGCCUGACACCAUAAUUAAAGUUAAAAAAAAAGCAUCUCAUGAAGACAGCUGCUGGGAGACUUGGAAACCUGCUGAAGAACCACACGCCACAGACAAUUGUUACUUGGCUGUUUUUACAAAGGGAUGUGGAGUUGUAAUUGGUCUUAAACAAUGGGCACAUUCCUCGGAGAGAAGGAAGGAUGGGCUGCCUCCACUGUGUGAACCCCACCCUGAAACACUGACUCGUAACCCACUGGAUGGACCUGUUCAACGCACACUGGAAAAAAAGCAACAAACUGAACAGAGUUUUGAGCCAAAAGGACUUUGAUGUCUCUUUGCAAAUGGAUUGCAUAAGUGAAAGGAUUUUUUUUUUGUAUGUUUUUCAUUUCAUUUCAUUUUAAAUGAUUUUUUUUUCUUUAUGUUGCCUGCUUUUUAUUGGUUCACUAUUGACAUGCCUCUCAGUGCUAAUGGCCGUAAAUAGCUUUGGCUUCAAGUCCACAAUGGAAAAAGGCCGGAUAAAAGGCUGCCUAUUGAAAUGUCAUAGAGCGGGUACUGAGAUGUACUGGGUGGCACACGUAUCCCCCACCCAGUUGUACUUCAAGAUGUGGCGGUGCCGGGGAAGAUGGUACAUCCUACCAUUCAGAUGACCAUCAUGUGAGUUAUUGGAAAGCACUUAGUCCUGAGCCUUUAGCCCACAACUAAUACCCCAACAUGUGUUCAUACCAGAUUUAGCAGGGGGCUUGAGAUACAUUUCUCAUUGUUAAAGCUCAUUUAGUGUUUUUAUUUAAGACCUAUUUAUAUAAAUACUGAAAGUAUUAUUUAAAAGCAAGUAGUUCGUAUUUUUUUAAUGUGCACUAUGGAUAGGUAUUGUGUUAUUGUACUGAUUAAUAAGAUUUGACCCUGAAUGUCAGCUCCAUGGGUUUUACUAUGGAGACGACAGUAUUUUUUUACAAGACUGGAAGCAGAAACAUAUUUACUAUUCCAGGGAUGAGAUGUUCAACAAGAAAGGCAUGCUUUUGUUUUAUUGUUUUUAUGCCUCAAAAAAGAAAAUGAUCUCACACAAGUGGAGCAGACUAGAGCAUGUUGCCAACGCCAGCAUCUCUACUUGGUUGUGUUUCUCUAUAGCAUGCACGUUCGUCU